AUAAUAGGAAUAAUAUCUUGAAAUUACAGUCAUUAACCCCUUCAUUGCCGAGAACAAAGAUCUUUGUUUUUUUGGACUUGGCCCAAACUGCCGGAAAAUCACAAAUCUUUGUCCUAUAAAUAAAUGCUCUACUGAUGCCUGAUAAUGCAUUAAACGUGAACAGAAUGUGUUUUCCUAUGUUUUCGGGGUUGCUGAAUAUGAUUCCGAGGUCCAUUUUAUACUAUCUCGCACCCAUGACCGACUAGAGCUAUAAGAAAAUGACUAUUUUUUUUCAUUUUUUGGAAAAUCUUUGUCCUCGCACACUCAAGUUUUAUACCACAUUUAAACAGUGUUAUUCUGAUAAGCUAUAUCAUUUACGAGUAAAAGUAACUCAAUUCAUGACUUUUUGCUACUUUUACCAGAUAUAUCAUUUUCUUCGUAGUUUGACCCGCUAAUUCAUCUUUUGCGUGAAUUACCCUUGACAUCAGCCGAACAUUCAUCUUCACUACUUGAACCGACUAAUUCACAAGAUCUUCUUUUCAUUGCAAAUAUUACAAUAUUUUAAUAUCAAGAGAAAUAAAAAAUGAAGGAAUUUAAAAAAAAAUUGUUUGCAGAUAUGUCUGGUUACAAUAGCAUCCAAAUAAUUUAUUGCAUAAGCGAUACAAAUGAACUCAAUUUAUUAAGUAGUAUAAAAAAUGGUCAGUAAAAAGCUUUUAAACAAAAUAGGUAACAUGUCGAUGAAAAUACCCCAAAAAUGGUAUGUUCAGUUAAAAUUGUCAAAGUUUCUAAGUUCGGCAGUCUGGACACAUUUCAUCUAAAUACUCUGGCAGUGAAGGGGUUAAGAACGCACCAUCAAUUCUUGUCACGCAGGUUUCAAAAUUUAUUUAAAUUUGCAUGGUUCAAAAGUGGGUAUUUAUAGAAUAGUAAGAGUUUGAAACACCGGUUGAUUUUUGUUUCAAAAAACGUUUUAAAGUAAAAUGUGAUAUUUGUAGCGAUACUGCUGUAAUUACUUGUUCUUGAUGCAAACGAUCACUUUGCAUCACACUUUGCUAUGAGCACCAUCUUUGUAACGAAUAUGUGUCAUAAAUAAAACACCUUUAUUUUCUAUGUGUGUAAAUUCUGUAUCGAUUUUUCUUUAUAUUAUAUUAAUUAUAUGAUUUUAAUAGAAUAUAAUAAUAUUAUAAAUUGUAAACAUUAUAUGUUAAAUAUAUGCAACUGUCUAUGUAUUAUUUUUCUACAAUUUAUUACAUUCCCCUACAAUAACGUAUCUAUCUACAAUAUCCAUCUACUUGGACAGUGUGGCGUUUAUAGCACGAUAUUAUCACGUCGUUUUCCAACAAUUUAAUGGAGACCAACUUCUAUUAUAUAUGAAUGGAUUUGGCUCUACAAUUUUUCUCCUUAUAAAAACUUAAAACUUUUGCAAAGGUAACAAGUUGGGGAAGGGAUUUAAAAAAUUUGACAUUUUUAAAAAAUUUAAAUAUAUCGUUGAAAAGAGUAUUAACCCUCAGUUCCUAGACUAAAUGGGGUAUACCUGAACGUAUUUUUCAACGAAUUAUAGCUCCGAAAUCCAAUAGGGAGAGGGGGGGGGGAGUUAAGAAGGAGGAAAAAUCUUAGAGAUCCUCACUGCUAUUGUGCGACUUAACUUGGCUCAGUCGGGUCGUAACUACCGAAAUGUACAGAUAUAAAGGUUUUGUUCGGGUGUCGGACACCCAGUGUAGUAACAGUGUCAGAAAAAGUUUGUUCAGUGAAAUCAAGUCAAAGAUUAUGGAGACACGUUCAUCGAUUCGCCGAGCAGCCAAGCUAGUUGUAACGUACGCAGAGCCGGAGGAGUUUGAAGAUAAGACAAGUGACUCGAAGAUAGGUGCUGAGGACAUCUGCGAGGAACAGUGUGAAAAUUCAUCAGAGGAAAAUAUUUCGAGCGAAAACAAGGAGGAAGAAGACACAAACGAAGAGGACUUCGCACCAUGGUCGAAACGCGGUCGACCGUCUUACUUGCAUUCAAAGAGCGGUUACAUACGAAAACGGCUGCUCAAUUGAGGGGAGCUAGGCGCUCUAUAGAACAGCGUGUUUAUAAUUCUGCUCCGAAAGGUCAAGCACUCCAAGUAAAAAUACCACUUCAAACGUGGUCCCUUCUACUAACGAAUGAAAAUUUUAAUAUUAUUGUGACUCACACAAAUGAAUAAUUCGAUCGUAAUAGACAGUGUUACGAAAGUCCAGAUAUUACUUACCAUAAACACACCGAUUUUCUCGAAAUAAAAGAUUAUUUUGGGUUACUGUAUUACACCGGAUUAUUUAAAAUAAAUAAUACGAGACCUUCAGAUUUAUGGUCUGUACACUCUUUACCUUUGUUUCGAGCGACUAUGCCCCGGCGUAUUACGUGUAUAACUUUGCUUCCGCCGUUUUCCUAUAGAUGGCUUUAGCGGUAAGUGGUGGUCGAAAUAAAUAGAUCAUAGACGUCAU